AUGAAGGGCCUCAAGGACUUUCGCAGGUCUCUCAACAAGGAUCGCCAUUCCGGUGGAAAGCCUUCCGCAUCCAGCGCCAGCCCGGGCACGUUUGCCAGCGUCAAAGGCGCCGUCGCUAUCCAACCACCUAAGCUCGUCAUCCGCGCCAUCCGCGAUUACAAAUCCGCAUCGCCGCACGAGCUCAGCUUCCACAAGGGCGACUUUUUCCAUGUCAUUGUCGACCCCGCUCCCAACGCGGAUUGGUUCGAGGCCAGCAAUCCUAUGACCAACGCACGCGGUCUCGUUCCAGCCAGCCACUUCGACGUGCUCUCCAAGAGUAAUCGCGCCAACCCAGCCACCGCUGCUGGUCCAGGAGCUACCUCGCCCACCAUUGGCAGCAUGUCGCCCCCUAACGCUUCCUUGACGUCCGUAGCAGCAUCAUCUUCCACUGCAGCCUACGGUGGACGUGCCGCCGGCGCCGCUAUGACUGCAAAAGGCGGCGGAGGCCUCUACGCCGUAGUCAAGUACGAUUUCCUCGCCGAACGGGCCGACGAGCUCGAAGCCAAGGCGGGCGAGUCCAUCAUCGUCAUUGCGCAGUCCAACUUCGAAUGGUUCGUCGCCAAACCCAUCGGCAGACUCGGUGGACCGGGCCUCAUACCGGUCGCCUUCGUCGAGAUCCGCGACUUGGUUACUGGAAGGCCCAUCGAAGAUGUCCAGGAACUCAUCGAGAGCGGCGUCGUGCCCAGAGUCGAGGAGUGGAAAAAGAUGACCGCCGAGUACAAGAAGAACACCAUCCCGCUCGGCCGCUUCGACUUUCCGCAAUCAGCGCAGCCAGGCGUCGCUUCACCCUACACCAACAUGGCAGCCGCCGCCUCCGGGAGCAGCGGUAACAAUGUCGGCUUCCCACAGAGCGGUCUGCACGCCCAACAAUCGUCCAUCUCGUCUCUUCCCGUCCCUACACCACCACCUAAAGAUGAGCUCUACAACCACGCAGGCGGUCCGCUGGGCGCCGCAGGGGCAAUGCAGCCUUUCGACGCCGACGCCGUCGACCCGCUCGCACAACUUCCGCCAGGUAUGUCGCCGGGCGAGCCGCUACCUACGGGCAUCAUCACAUCAGCCACUGUCGACUCGUUCCACUACGAGCAGGGCGAUUACUGGUUCCGCAUCCAGGCAACACACGUGGCCGGCCCUUCUGCAUCUGCACCCGCCAACGCGCCCGCAGCGCCCGACGGCGAGGAACGGGAUCUCAUCCUCUACCGUCUCUAUGAAGAUUUCUACGAGUUCCAGAUCGCACUGCUCGACCACUUCCCUGCCGAAGCCGGUCGCGAGACCGACGCAAACGGUCACGCCAGCGAGCGUAUUCUUCCCCUCAUGCCUGGACCCCUCGAUGUCGUCGACGAUCUCAUCACAUCGCAGCGUCGCGUCGACCUUGAUCAGUACAUCAUCGAGCUCUGCUCGCUUCCCGAAUACAUCAUGCGUUCCGAAUUGGUGCGUCUCUUCUUCGAGCCUCGACCUGGUGAUCAUUGCACCUCGCAUCCGCCAAGGGGACCCACCGAUGAACAAGAUCUCGGCUUGCAGCAACAGGAGUACGGGUACCUUGCCGGAGGCGUCGACCAACGGGCGAGUCAGCAGCUGCGAGGCAAUGGCGUCGACAGGUACGCCGAGGAUCAGCCCGUGGGUAACAGCAGUACAUCCUCGAAAGCGGAGGACGAUCUCAGCGCCAAGAUGCGCAAGGCUUCGCUUGUUUCUGGCUCAGCCGGCGCUUCCUCAGGGCAACGUGAUUCGACGAGGAGCAGCGCCGUGUUUGGCGGGACGGGCGCGGCGAGCACGGGUCGUACGUCGCAGGCAUCCAGUGGACACCGAAAGCAGAACUCGUCGGGUCAAGGUGCAACUUCGGGUUCGGCGGCCAACGUUGCGUACCAUCGAAUCAAGGUGGCUCGUCGAAACGAUCUCGACAGCGUGAUAGCGUUGCGCAUGCCACCGAGUCCGACGUUUGCACAGCUGUUGGAGAAGACACGCGAGAGGCUGGGUGCGGAUGUCGGAGCGUUCCAGUGCAACGAGAAGCCGGAGCCGAUCGUAGACGACGCUUCGCUCACGGCUUGGUUGGACGAAGCUACGGAUAGAGGGUGGAAGCUCAUGUUGCAUGCUUCGUAG